AGAAGGGCUGACGUUGCCCGGCUGGGCUGGGCUGACUUGGCGGCUGCUGCUGCUGCGCCCGGGCGCCCCUUUCCCGGCCCAGGAUGUGGUUCUUCGCCCGGGACCCGAUCCGGGACUUCCCUUUCGAGGCCGCCACCCCGCCGGAGCCGGCGCUGACCCAGCCCGGGGGCGUCUGGCAGCUGCACCGCGGGCGGAGGAAGACCACGGGAGAACCUGUCUCCCUUUUCGUUCACGAGGUGAAGCCGAGUUCCGAAGAGCAGAUCCAGCUUGCCACAGCCUUUAGAUUCCUCAAGACCCUCCGGCACCCCAAUAUCUUAUCCUACAUUGAUGGCUUAGAGACGGAGAAGAGUUUACACGUGGUCACCGAGCCCGUGACACCGUUGCCGGCUUACCUGGAGUCGCGGGGAGACGGGAAGAGCCUGAGCGCAGAAAUCUCCUGGGGUCUUCACCAGAUUGCAAAAGCCCUCAGUUUCCUGGUCAACGACUGCCACCUGGUCCAUAACAACCUCUGCCUGGGCGUGAUCUACGUGGACCGGGCCGGCGAGUGGAAACUGGGGGGCUUGGAUUACAUGUUCUCAGCCCAGGGAGACGCCGCUGUGCCCCGGAAGGGGGUCCCCGAGCUGGAGAAAUACAAUCCCCCCGAAUUAUCCGACAGCGGCAAAAACGUUGGCGAGAAAUGGUCAGCAGACAUGUGGCGAUUUGGCUGCCUCAUCUGGGAGGUCUUCAAUGGCCCCCUGACCUCAUCCUCCCUGCGGUCCCUCAACAAAAUCCCAAAGUCCUUGGUGCCCCAUUACUGCGAGCUGGUUGGUGCCAAUCCCAAGCUACGACCCAGCCCGUCCAAAUUCCUGCAAAAUUGCUGUCAGACGGGCGGUUUCAUGGACAACAAGUUUGUGGAAACCAACCUCUUUCUGGAGGAGAUCCAGAUUAAGGAGCCGGCUGAGAGGCAGAAGUUUUUUCAAGAACUCAGCGACAAUCUGGAUACUUUCCCUGAGGAUUUCUGUCGUCACAAGGUCCUUCCUCAAUUGCUGAUGGCCUUUGAGUUUGGUAGUGCGGGCGCCAUAAUCCUUACCCCGCUCUUUAAGGUGGGGAAAUUUCUGAACAGCCAAGAAUACCAGCAAAAAAUCAUCCCUGUGAUUGUGAAGAUGUUCUCUUCCCCAGAUCGGGCCAUGAGGAUCCGUUUGCUACAACAGAUGGAGCACUUCAUUCAGUACUUGAACGAGCCCACGGUCAACACCCAGAUUCCCCAUGUGGUCCAUGGUUUCCUGGACACCAACCCAGCCAUUCGGGAGCAGACGGUGAAGUCCAUGCUGCUCUUGGCGCCCAAGCUGAACGAGGCCAACCUCAAUGUGGAACUCAUGAAGCACUUCGCUCGUCUCCAGGCCCGCGACGACCAGGGCCCCAUUCGCUGCAACACCACCGUAUGCCUGGGCAAGAUUGGGCCAUACCUCAGUGCCAGCACAAGGCAAAGCGUGCUGAUCUCGGCCUUCAGCCGGGCCACCAAAGACCCCUUUGCCCCCUCGCGGGCGGCCGGGGUCCUGGGCUUCGCCGCCACCCACAACUUCUUCUCCAUGAAAGAGUGCGCCUUCAAAAUCCUGCCGGUGCUGUGCACCUUGACGGUGGACUCUGAAAAAACUGUCCGGGACCAGGCCUUCAAAGCCAUCCGCAGCUUCAUGACUAAACUGGAGACCGUGUCCGAAGAUCCUGACCAGCUCUCAGAACUCGAAAAAGAUGUCCAGGCUGCGUCCAUCAGUCCCGGUGGGCUCUCAGCAGCCAGUUGGGCCGGCUGGGCUGUGACGGGGGUCUCGUCGCUGACGUCGAAGCUGAUCCGGACGAACGCUGGGGCCACGCCGGGGGCAGAGCAGGCGGCCGAGGACGCCCCCGUCAAGAAGCCGACGGAGCCCCCCAAACCAGGCACCGGGGGCCCUCCUGCUUCCGAGGAGAGCAGCUCCCAGCCCUCCAGCGGGUGGGACGUGGAGGAGGAGGUGGGGGAGAGGAGAGUGCGGCUGACCAGUGGGAUGAUGAAGGACUGGAGCAGCUUGGAGCAAGAAACGGAGCAGGCGAAGGGGCAGCCCAGCCCAGACGACUGGAACAGCCCCGGCUGGUCAGAACCAGCCCAGACCUUCGGCAGUCGGACAGUUACGACCACAGCCUCCGACAGGCAGGACUCCGACUGGAGCAGCUCUGCCUGGGAUCUGGAGCCGUCCUGGAGCCCCAAAAAGGGAGCAGCUACCCCCACGGACCCUCCCCCCGCCAGCCUCGGCACCAAAGCCCCUGCAGCCCACCAGGACUUCAAACCGGCGAGCGAUUAUAACUGGGGGAGUGCGGGCUCCGGGGACAAAUCCGACCCGUUUUCCUGUCUGGUUGGGAAGCCGACACCAGAGAGGCAGAAAAAUUCCGAUGCCCUCCGUGAUUGGACCUUUGAGGAAAACUGGGCCACACUGGACUCCGAUCAAGGUCCCAGCAAGACAGAGCUGGCCCGGAAGAAACGGGAAGAGAGGCGCCAGGAAAUAGAAGCCCGGCGAGCCGAGAAGAAGGCGGCCAAGGGACCCAUGAAGUUGGGGGUCAGGAAAUUGGAGUGACACUCCUGCCCCACCACGCCCUCUUCUUUUCUCCUCCUCCUCUUCCUCCCAGCGUUGGACACAGCUGGAGGCCUUCAAAGAGACGGCGAGAAGGAGGCGAAGCGUCUAUAACUCUGGUUCCCCAACCCGGUUUUGAAACGUGGUGGGAAAACCGGGGUCCCCUCCAUCCGGUCUUGCUCGGCGUGGGGGCCGCCACCCACACAGCCAGGCCCACCUGCCUCAUCACACCUUCCUUUGCAACCUGCUGGCCGAUUUCUCUGGUUUCAGAUAGUUAAAACGUAGACUUCUGGAAGCCUUGGGGUUGUGGGUGUGUGUGUGUGUUGGCUCCGUCACCCGGUCGCUG